UUGGGGAAGGCCCCCUCCCUCCUCCGUCCUCUGGAGGAGCCUGGUCCUCACUCCUGGUGCUGAGUGUCCCCCAGGGCCCCCACAGGCCUCCCCUCCGGCCUUGAGGGCUCUGCCUGUCCUCUCACCCGGGAGGGGGGCAAGGCCAUGGGGCUGCCCCUGCUGCUGCCCCUGCUGCUCCUGGUGUCUCUGCAGGCUGGUCACUGGGCACAGAGAAAUCCAGAGCCUCUCUUUGAGAUGAAGCAACGAAGGCAUCUCUCAGCCCCCGAGGGUGGCUUCAUUCACAUCCCCUUCUCCUUCUCUUACCGUGGGAAAUUAGCCAAGGAUCCCAACGUGAGAAUAUCCUGGAGAUGGAAACACUUCCAUGGGGAGUUCAUCUACAAAAUGACCCCUCCAUUCAUCCAUGAGAAUUUCAAGAACCGGAUCUUCCUGAACUGGAAGAAGGGUCAGAAGACUGGCUCCCUCUGGAUCUCAGACCUGCAGAGGGAAGACCAGUCUGUGUACUUCUGCCACGUGGCAUUAGACACACUGACAUACGGCAAGCAGCGGUGGCAGUCCAUCGAGGGGACCAACCUCACCGUCACCCCCGGCCGCAAAACAACCACCUGGGGUCCUAUCACCACCACCACCACAGCUGGCCUCGGGGGCUCAGAGGGCAAAAGGAGUUCCAAGCUGUGGUCCCUGACCAUGGAAGCUACAGUCGGGUUGGCACUGGCCAGCGUUGUACUGCUCAAGAUCCCGAUCGUGGGACUGACUGUGUACCUUUGGUGGAAGAGAAGCAAAGGUGCGCAGACUGAAGCCAGAACCCCAGCCAGGAUGACGCUGGAGUCUCCAAUGCCUCCCUCACUGUCUCCAGCUGGACCUCACCAACUCAGCAGCGCCUCCCCUCCUCCCUCCCCACUGGGAACCCCAGGAAGAGACCCUGUACUCUGUCUUAAAGGCCUAAGCAGUGGGACUGAGUGGGGACCUCCUUCGAGUCAGCUGCGCACAGGGAUCUCAGCCCCUCAUAAUCUCCCCGGCCAGACGCAGACAGCUCAGAGGCCGGCAGGUGCGGGGCCACCAAGGACCUGAGAGUCACACAGCCCCCGCCCCGAUUCCCUCUUCACCUCCCCAGCCUUUCACCACAAAAAUAAAAGGACCUGUGCAAUCUG